AUGAACUUCCAGCGCAGCAUCCUCACACCACGCUUCAUCAAGGAGAGAAAAAGAACAACAGCACAGUCCAUCCGUGACAAUGAGAAAGUCAUGCGCAGAAUAGAAAACGCUGGCGCAAAACUUCAGUACGUUGCCAAUUACCUUGUUGGAAUUUUCGGCCAAAAUGUCGCUGUUUACUCACUUUUAACACAUGCCAACAGGCUCUCAGAGCAUCUUAACAUCCCUCUCGAUAGACUUGCUACGAGAAAUAGACAGGCUUUGUUCUGCUGGUUCACAGAAAAUUGGGAAAUUAUCCAGCAUUACCUUCCAUGUGGUGCAGCUGAGCCACAGAAUCUCAAAUACGUCCAACCAAAGAUCUAUGAUAUGCAUCAGGGUCCAAACGAGGUAGAUAUCACUGAUAUUCGCAUGCUCUUGAAUUACCAUUGA